AUGACACCAUUUGAGGCUUUGUAUGGGAGGAAAUGUCGCAGUCCAAUUUGUUGGAACGACACUAGUGAAACUAUGAUCCUAGGGCCUCAAAUGAUUGAAGAUACAGUUAAGCAAGUAAGGGAAAUUCAAGCUAAAAUUCAAGCAGCUCAAGAUCGCCAAAAGAGCUAUGCAGACUUAAAGCGAAGGGAAGAAGAAUUUGGGAUUGGUGAUAAAGUGUUGUUAAAGGUGUCACCAAUGAAAGAAGUGAUGAGGUACAUUCCUGAUAAAUCCCAUGUGCUACAAUCCGAAACCAUUGAGUUAGAUCAAAGCUUAACUUAUGAGGAGAGACAUGUCAAGAUUCUUGACAGUAAAGUGCGUAGUACACGCAAUAAGAACGUUAACAUUGUGAAAGUACUUUGGUCUAACCAAGAUUAUCAGGAAGUCACUUUGGAGGCAGAAGAUGAAAUGAAAAAGAAAUACCCGGAGCUGUUUUAG